ACAAAGUGUGGCGAUGGGGAACAAGGCAAGCAAGGGUGGCGGCAGCUCCAAGGGACUGCGUCCAGGUGUGCACAGCGAAUCCGCCACGGGAGGAUUGCGCCCGCAGCCCCUCCCGCAGACUAGACAGCCGAAUGCGAGUGCUCCUGCGCCGCAUUACCGACAACAAGAGAACAAGGCGUCCGCGGUGUUGCCGCCGCCUGUACCGAACGCCGUGCCAGUCGCGUCCACGCAGGUCCCUGUAGCGGCCACGUCGUCCACUGCGGCGGGGAAGACCGCUACAACCGAGCCUGAUUCGGACGGCGAAGACAUCAGUGGUCCGAGUGAGCAAGUAACGAUCAAAGACGCAGACGGGUCCACGGUGGUGCAGGCGAAAGUGACGAUCGAGGACUUUGACUUGCUCAAGGUGCUGGGCAAAGGCAGCUUUGGCAAGGUCAUGAUGGUGCGGAAGAAGGAGAACCAGAAGAUCUACGCCAUGAAGACCCUGCGCAAGGCCGCGCUGAUCAAGCGCAACCAGCUCUUGCACACCAAGACGGAGCGCAACAUCUUGCAGCAGAUCAAGCAUCCGUUCUUGACCACAUUGUCCUACGCGUUCCAGACCCCCGAAAAGCUGUACUUGGUCAUGGACUACUGCCCCGGCGGCGAGUUGUUCUUUUGGUUGAAGAAGGAUCGUCGGUUUUCCCAAACCAAGGCGCGGCUGUUCGCCGCGGAAAUCCUCCUCGCGCUGCAAGAACUGCACACGCAUGACAUCAUUUACCGCGACCUGAAGCCAGAAAACAUCCUCUUGGACUUGGACGGACACAUCCGCCUCACAGACUUUGGUCUGUCCAAGGAAGCCGUGACGGGCGCCGGCGCCGUCGGCGGCACCAAGACGUUCUGUGGCACCCCCGAGUACUUGGCCCCGGAAAUUCUCGAAAACAAAGGGCACGGCAAGGCGGUGGAUUGGUGGAGUUUAGGCACGCUCAUCUAUGAAAUGCUCACAGGACUCCCUCCGUUUUACGACCAAAACAUGCAGCGCAUGUACGACAAGAUUAUCAACGCGCCGCUGCGAUUUCCGUCGUUCAUGUCGGCCGAAGCCAAGAGUCUGCUCACGGGUUUGUUGCAGCGCAAGGUGGGGGAUCGAUUGGGUAGUGGCCCCACGGAUGGCGAAGAGAUCAAGUCGCAUCCGUUCUUUGCUGGGUUGGACUGGGACCAAGUGUACCGUAAAGAGGUUACGCCCGAGUUCAAACCCCCCAAUCGGCUGGGCUCGAUUGACACGAGUAACUUUGAUUUGGAAUUCACGGGUGAAAAGCCCGUCGACUCGGUCGUGACGACCACCAUGAGCGAAACCCAGCGCACCAAGGCGCAAUUCUCUGGGUUCACAUACAACGCUGACUCGGAAUUGGAAAAGUAGAGUGAGGUGUCGUACACAGCAACACCCUUUGAUAAUUGCAUGCAAUGGCUAUUCGAUUCGCCUCCCCAGUCCAAUUUAGUGUUGAAUACACAAUACCACGCGCAUUGUCGAGAUGCCGUCGUAUGGCAUAUAUUACAGCGAAAGUAACUUUAGAUGGCCAACAUCGC